UAUUUGACAGCAACUGCGAUGAUGCAUGUAUUUCAGUAAUUCUUCCGGGAGUGUGUAAUUUUUUUUUGUCAUGUGAAAACGCUGCGCUAAGUGUGAAGAUGGUGUCGCAGGAAGGCUUUCAGUUUCCCCACCUUUUGUGCGCAAGCCUUCUACUGUUAGGAAAGGCAGGUGCAGCACUCAAACCAUUACAUAUCGGAGGCAUCUUUCCAAUCAACGGUACUUCGGCUGGUUGGCAAGGAGGACAGGCUUGUCAACCGGCUGCUAUGUUGGCUCUGGAAGAUGUGAACAAACGUGAAGACAUACUUCCUGGAUAUGAACUGAGUCUCACGUGGAACGACAGUGAGUGCAAUCCUGGUCUGGGAGCAUCUGUCAUGUACGACUUACUGUACAAGCCGCCGCAAAAGGUGUUGCUUUUGGGAGGGUGCUCAACUGUCUGUACCACAAUUGCCGAAGCUGCUAAAAUGUGGAACCUAGUGGUGCUUUCUUAUGGUGCGAGUUCCCCGGCUCUGUCGGACAGGAACAGGUUUCCUACGUUUUUCCGGACGCAUCCAUCGGCCACUGUGCAGAACCCGACUCGAGUGAAGCUAUUCCAGAAAUUCGGUUGGACCCGGAUCGCAAUUUUGCAACAGGCUGAAGAAGUUUUCAUAUCGACGGUGGAAGAUCUGGUAGCCAAAUGCAGCGAAGCUGGCAUUGAAGUUGUGACUCGACAGUCAUUCCUCACUGAUCCCACGGAUGCCAUAAAAAAUCUGGUCCGACAAGAUGCACGUAUCAUCGUGGGUUUAUUCUACGUCGUAGCUGCUCGCCGCGUGCUUUGCGAGAUUUUCACCCAGAAGCUUUACGGGGAAUCCUUCGCAUGGUUUCUUAUCGGCUGGUAUGAAGACAACUGGUAUCAAAUCAAUUUGAAGGAAGAGCAUCUAGCGUGCAAUCAAGAACAAAUGAAACUGGCCGCUGAAGGUCACAUAACGACGGAAGCGCUCAUGUGGAACCGCGACAACGCCAAGACAAUCUCUGGAAUGACGUCUGACGAGUUUAAGGCACGUCUCGACAAGGCCCUGGUCAAGGUUGGCUACGAUGUCGAGUCCGGUCGAUACCCAGAAGGCUAUCAGGAAGCACCGCUAGCCUAUGACGCAAUAUGGGCAGCUGCUUUAGCACUCAACAAGACCAUGCGUCAACUGCGGCAAAUGAAACGAAGCCUGGAAGAGUUCACGUACGAGGACAAAGAAAUCGCGCACUUGAUAUACUCUUCUAUGAACACGACCCAAUUUCUUGGAAUAUCGGGCACUGUGGCGUUUAGUGCGAAGGGUGACCGCAUUGCUUGGACGCAGAUCGAACAAAUGGUGAAUGGGUCUUACGUGCCGCUGGGUUACUUUGACACGCACACAAAUAACCUGACGUGGCUGAAAAGCGAGAAAUGGAUCGGUGGGAAACCCCCGAAGGACAAGACGGAGAUAAAGGACCAGUUGCGGACAGUGUCGCUCACUUUGCUUGCUGCUGUAUCUUCUAUAUCUCUCGUUGGGAUUCUCGCUGCCUUGGGACUUCUGUGCUUCAUGUAUGCGUAUAGGACCAAACGCCUCAUCAGACAAUCCCAGCCGAUCUGCAACUGCAUGACUCUGGUCGGAGUGUGCGUCUCACUAACUGGAGCGAGUUUACUGGGACUUGACGGUCGUCUGGUGCCGUCGAACCUGCUGGCAUUUAUUUGUCAUCUUCGUGCUUGGCUGCUGACGAUCGGCUUCUCCCUGUCGUACGGUGCCAUGUUUGCAAAGAUCUGGAGUGUUCACUCGCUGGCCACGAAGGCGAAGGCUCAAGGAACGAAGCCACCGUCGGGUCCACACAGGCCAUGGUUGAUGGUGGUUGGCUUUGUGGUGGUGGACAUCAUUAUCCUUUCCGCCUGGACGUCUGUGGAUCCUCUGGAGCGGAAACUGGAGUUGUUUCCGCUCGAGGAUCCACCGCCGCACGUGUCGGAAGAUAUCAAGAUCCUUCCGCAGCUCGAGCAUUGCGUGUCCCGGAACAACCCGAUAUGGCUGGGUAUUCAACUCGCUCAUUGGCAUGAACAGGAGCAUGUGUUGAAGCGAGCAACGACCUUUUUGUUUCUCUCAAUUUGCUACCAAGCUAUUUCAAGAGUCAUCUACGCCUACAAGGGUCUCCUGCUGCUUUUCGGCCUGUUCCUUUCUUACGAGACUCGGAGCGUAAAGCUGAAGAUGGUCAACGACUCCCGCUACGUGGGAAUGGCCAUCUACAACGUGGCCAUUUUGUGCGUCAUCACUGCCCCGGUUUCGCUCGUCAUCGCCUCGCAACCUGACGCCAGCUUCGCAUUCAUCGCCUUCUCCGUCAUCUUCUGCUGUCUCAUUUCGCUGGGAGAGUAUAAGUAUGGCUUUCACUCAUUCUUGUCGGGUUACAUUAUCGCGUCUCCCGAGAAAUUAUUCAUAAACGAGUCGUCGUCGCCGCCGCCGUUUCAGACGCUUUUUAUCGCGGAAUUGAUCAGUAACCCGUCAAACAGCAGGGAAGAGAUUCGACAUUCGAAUAAUACCACCAAUGCCGGCGAAGACUAUCAGAAGUUACAGCGCUUGUUGAAGGAAAACGAGGAAUUGCAACGAUCAUUGGACGAAGUGAGUUGGGUUUUGCAAAGAGGAAAGCUUUCCGGAGUCAUCUACGCCUACAAGGGUCUCCUGCUGCUUUUCGGCCUGUUCCUUUCUUACGAGACUCGGAGCGUAAAGCUGAAGAUGGUCAACGACUCCCGCUACGUGGGAAUGGCCAUCUACAACGUGGCCAUUUUGUGCGUCAUCACUGCCCCGGUUUCGCUCGUCAUCGCCUCGCAACCUGACGCCAGCUUCGCAUUCAUCGCCUUCUCCGUCAUCUUCUGCUGUCUCAUUUCGCUGGCUCUCAUAUUCAUACCGAAAUUCUUGUCGGGUUACAUUAUCGCGUCUCCCGAGAAAUUAUUCAUAAACGAGUCGUCGCCGCCGCCGUUUCAGACGAUUUUUAUCGCGGAAUUGAUCAGUAACCCGUCAAACAGCAGGGAAGAGAUUCGACAUUCGAAUAAUUCCACCAAUGCCGGCGAAGACUAUCAGAAGUUACAGCGCUUGUUGAAGGAAAACGAGGAAUUGCAACGAUCAUUGGACGAAAAAGACGCCAGGAUACGAUUGCUGAAGGUGAAGAUCGAGGAGAAGAAGCAGCGGGAAUUGGCCGAGUUGUCGAGCGCCGCCGCGGAGAACGCCAACGCCGCUGCCCCGAUGGUCGGGAACCACCGCGUUUCGAGCGCCGCUACUGCAGCCGCCGCCGCCGCCGUUGUGGCCGAGCGACGUCAGUCGUCGUUGUCGACGUCGUCGUCGAAGCCUCGUCACGCGGCUCGGAUUGUCCCCGGCGGACGAUCGGACGACGAUGAGGAUGAUGAUGACGAUGACGAGUCCGAGCUGCGGCCGUUGCGGGAAGCAGCAACAGCGGCGGGUGAGGCGAACAAUGAAAGCGACUUGGAGCUGGAUGAUUCGACGCGUCGCGUGAGGAUCGCGGCAGAUGGCGCCAGUGAGUCGAACGACGGACGCGGCUUGUUGGAGGACCAGUACUUCCUCAAGUUGGCUGAUGGCGUGGAAGUGGAGCUGGUGAAGCCGUCGAAGGGCGCCGCGGUGGAGUCGUACCUUUAGGAAAAGGGUUUUUUUCCUUUUCUCUGUGUUGAAAUGAGAGGAAACUUAUCAUUCGCUCAUUUUGGUUCGAGGUCUAGGGAGUGACGUAAGAAGCGGUGGCGUAGCAGCGAAAUAACGCUAGAUGUCGUUGCUCCAGCUCUGUUACCAUAGAAAAUACAGUUGCCGUUGAAAAGGUAAUCCUGACGUGGAAAAAGCAGCCCAGAGUUGGAGGAAUCCAUCCCUUACUUCAGAAAAAAAAAAAUUGUCACAAUUUUGCGUGCGAAUCUUGAUGCAACACAUUUUUAAAUCUAUUAAAUUUUUUUUGGGUCUCUGAAAACUUUUUAUUUCAGCAAGAUUUGACCUGUACACUUGAAAAAAAAAAUACACACUUGUCAUCAUCUCAUGUUUCAUCUGCCCAGGUUAUCAUGUGUGUGAAUGAGCUUUGUCGCAAUUCCCAAUGAGGGUGAACUUUCUUCUAGAUGGAAUCUUAGUUCUUACAAAAUUGAAUUACAUUUUCAAAUUAAUUGUUCGUGAUUUUAGCUUUUUACACAUACACCAUUCAUCUUCAUGGACUUCACUGUGGGUCCUAUAUUUUUUAUGCAACUUCCUCUCCUCACAUUCUAAUGCAGUACUGUACUGUACUUUACAUUAAGUUACUAGGGCAUAAAUGAGACAGUCUCUUUAUUAUUGUGAACGUACAUUCUUUUGGAAAAUAUAGUUGCUCAGAAGAAAGCAAUUCGAUGAAGUAUUCCCAAUUUUUUCUUCGUCUUGCAAUGUAAGCCUGAUUUAUUUGAUGUGAAAAAGUAUUUCGUUCAUCUUGAUUUGAUCACAUUUUCUGAAGAAGAAAUCUAGUGGAAGUUGAAUUACCAUAAGAAUUUCUUAUAGCUUUUGACUCUUCGAUUUGGGUCUGUAUUCAACAACUUCCAUGCUUCAUGGUGAAUUUUCCAUCGCUGGGAAAGAUUUUUAAUGAUCUCAUCACUAGUCGUGGAGGGAUGAAAUUUCAGAAAUGCAUGAUCUCUGUCAAAAUUGCGUAUGGUGAGCACAGGAAAGGAAAUGAUGUCGCGAAGCUCUGUGCUUUAGUACUUUAUCGUGGCUUCAUAUUGCUCUAUUCCUUGAAUUGAUGUCUGUGUCGAAUUGGGCUGAAAUGUAUGAAUCAAAAGAGAUUGUGUUCA